CCGGAGAUCCGUCCCUGAGAUGCGUGGGCGGUCUUCAGGCGGCGACUGUGCCGGCCGCGGGCAGGGCCCAUCCCCAGCCAGCGGAGUCCGAAUUCGCUCUCGAGAAGGACGCAAUGCAUGAUGUCACGCUUGAUGCCGAUGUCGCGCUCAUAAACGCGGGCCUGCUCGCACCAGUCCAAUCUUGCGACGCAGGUGCGACGCACUCUGCAUGGCCGACGUCCUCACCCAGCCCCCCGUCGCCGCCCACGUCGGCCCCCACAUCGCGCACCGCGCGCGUACAACGCACCACGACCCGUCGUCGUCCAAGAUAACGGCGAGCACGAUAAGGUCGUUGCCCUCGAGGAACAAAGCACGCCUCGCGGAGACAGCACACGUUGCCUAUGUCGACCGACGCCGUUUUUCUCUCGAUGGCGCGUCGGCCACUUUUCGCCCACACCACCGGCUGGACGGGGGACAUGAGGACGGGCUCCCCGACGCGGACGCGCGCACAUCAUUCUCAGAGUCGAGGCAGUAUUCGCGCGCAGCAUACAAGCGUGACAAUCAGGACAAGCAGCUCCCUGCAACUCCAGAGUAUAUCGAACCAUCCGCGUCGCCAAGCCACGAUAGCGACUCUACCGUACGGCAAUCGCGAUACGACGACCUCGCUGAUGCCUUCACGCGCGAUCCACCCAGACUGUCCUCGACAACGCCACCGCCCGUACCGCCCAAGUCAGACCGCGGGCAUGCGUCCAAAACGAGAGCAGUGUCGAUCGUCGAGCCGUCCGAAUUCUCGCACGACCACACCCACGAGGACAGCCAUUACGCUCUUGACUACACUGUUUCCGACCCAGGACACGGUCCUAUACCCUCCGCCAGUACGAGCGUACCAAGCUCGGGCCGUGUCCCCCGCAGGCAGACAUUCUCUUCGCGACCUUUGCGACACUCCGCCGAUCCACACCAUGGCUAUCCCUCCCGCCUCUCGUGGGCAGACAGAGCAAGCCUUCCCAUCUAUCGUCAUUCAUCCUUCGUGAACGGUCACCAGAUGGUUUCAAGCCCUACAUCGAUGUCGGUUUUCUCAGAGUCUUUGACGCAUCCUUCCCACCUCGCGCGGAGGAAGCUCAGGAAGUCCCGUCCUGUGUCCACUGUCUCAUCUUCGCCGCGCGGUCCGUCUACUUCUAGCUCAAGCCCAAGCCCAAGCUCAGGCUCGAGUUUGAACCUCUUCCGGGCGCUCAGCCACAAAAGCACCUUCGCACCGCGCGAGCCCGCUCAAUCAUCGGCGGCCUCCUUUCCUAGAAAUAGCAUCAACCUCUUCCGCCGCUGCACGAGUGACCACGGCCACGAUGGUUCCACUACUGCCAGCGGAGGCGGUAGCAGCUCUGCCCAUGUCAGUCGGCGCCGGUUGUGUCACGACAAAUCACACUCACAUUCCAGUUCAACGUCCCAUUCCACUGCCGUUUCCUCUUCACUCCCCUCAGAUCAUUCGACGCCUGCGACGACACCAGAGGAUGCUUCCCAUGCAGCAUCUCCCCUGCUCAACCCCGUCACAUCGCAAUAUGGGGAAGGCACGAGUACGAAGAAUGUGGAUCAGAACGUCGCGCCGCGGCUGAGUCUCCGGACGAGCAGCGGCGGUGGGCGCAAGCUGAGGAAGAGACGGCCCUCUCAAUCGGCGUCAGGCACGACACAGCCGUCAUCGUCACUGUCAUCAGGUACCCCGGACUUCCCCGGACUGCGCAGGUCGAGCAAGCAGGGCGGACAGGCAUUAUCAUCAACUCCAUCGACGACGCAGGACGUGUACCUUCCACCCAUUAGCCCAGUUUCGCCGUUUGGGCUGGAUAUCCCGAAGGAGUACACCAGUGGGCGGCGGCCCGCCUUCCCACCCCCGCCCAAGCGCAAGAGAUCGACAAGCGCUCUCGCGCAGUUGGCAUGGACGGGCAUGUCUUCGUCCGAGCUCGCCGCUCUCACGUCGCGCCUGCACAUCCAGCGGAAUUCGUUUGAACACUCGUCGCAGGCUGGGAAGGGCAAGCACGCGCAGCCAUAUGAGGAGACGCCGUUAGGGACGUUCGACCCGUAUGCGGAGGGACUGUAUGCGCGCGGAGGCAACCCGAAGCUGGAGGAUGUGAGCGCGUUGGAAGAGGAGGAGAACGAAACGGAAGACAACGCGGGCGGUAGCGCGCUGGGUCAUGCGAUGAGCAGCGGGUUGUCGACGAUGAAGAGGAUGGUCAGCCCACCCAGCCCGAUCACCUCUAAACCCCGUGCAAACAGCGUGUAUGUCAACGGCUCUGGCUCGUCGCCUCUGAACGCGAGAGCGCCGCAAAGGAAGUCGGCAAGUUUCUUGGAGAGCGAUCCGAUGGCGAUGCGCAGGUGGACGCUGGCCAUAGCGGACGUGCCGGACGAGGUCCUCGUGCAGGAGCUUGACAACCUUCGGAAGGGUGCGGCAGCGAAGAAGGCGCGCGCGAAGAGCCGCACGCCAGCGCAAAGCGAGAGCGGGCAUACGGCGGAGUCGGCGUGCUCUACAGGCUCGACAGAACCCUGGCGACCUGGCGUGCACUUCCGUCUCGGCGGCGCCAGCGACUCCGAAGACGAGGGCGACGGAGAGGAGGAGGAGGUGCUUCUCGAGGGAUUCGAGAACGAGGCGGACGAGGAAGAAUGGAAGGCGGCGCGGAGGGCUCUGCUCUGCUGCAGGGAGCUCGUGCGGACGGAGAGAAGCUACCAGACCCGCCUGCGGGAGUUGCUGGGCGCCCAGAGCUCGCACCCCUUCUUCUCCCUGCUGCUCUCUUACGUGCCCGCUCUUCUCCAGGCGUCUGAGGCGUUCCUCGUGCGACUCGUCGAUGACCCUAGUGCGUGGGGCGUGAGUGCGGCGUUCAUCGGAUGCGAAGAGGAGCUCGACGCGGCGUUCGUCGCGUGGUGCGGCGUGGUGGGCAACUUCUACAUCGAUGGCGACGAGAAGGAUAAGCGGGGGCGGAAGCGGCGCAAGUCUGGCGACGAGACCACCGCUGCCCCGGGCCAUGGGGAGCCGUGGGGCCUCUCUGCGCGCAGCGAGUCGCAGUCCGGGAUUGCGGCCAUGUCGAAACCGAAGAUGUCGGAGAACCGCCGAUUCUCGUUGUACGGCUCGAGUGAAAGCGGGAUGUUCACCGCGGCGCUCGGGACUGGACUCGCCUUCGGUCUGUCGUCGUCGUCCGCGCUCGACGCGAAGAGGCAUGGGAGCACGGCGAGCUUCGGCAAGCCGGCGGGUACGCUGACCCGCACGCUGAGCACGUGGAAGAGGAAGAGCAUGCCGAGCUCGCUGUCGAACCUGCAGACCUCGGCGGGCGUACCGCCGAGGGGAGAAGACGAUGACUAUACGGGACCUCGCAUCCAACCCACACAACGAAUUAUGAGAUAUGUUUGCAAUACAAAGGUACACCUAUUGGCACAUACCCCUGUCACGAGUCCGUCUAGAGGGCUCGUUGAGCGCGCCCUUGAGAGUGCAGUUCGCAUCGCGAAGAAAUGCGACCGUGCCCAGGGCAACUCGGCAUUCCUUCGCUAGCCAUUUUGGUCAGCCCAUUUCACGCAUAAACGCGCUCAUGCUUUCUUGCAUACAUUCUCGUCCGCCCUUCGCUCGUUUCCUCGUGUCCUUGACUUCUUGUUCCUUUGCAUGCCUGUUAUUUUUGACGGCCCAGGCCCGGUCUCCACCAUAAAGCUGGCCAUGCCGUCUGCUUGUUCCUUGCAUUGUCACUGUUUACCAGCAUCUGUACACUAGCAUGCAUCAUUCAUGAUCCAUCACGCUCUAAGCUAAAAUCCCUUAUACGACAUUGGACGGACAUUAUAUCCGAUGUCUGUAUCCGUAGCCUUGUAGUUCACGACCCACUCACGUUGUGCUUCGAUGUCGAUACUUUAUUGUGUAGAUUAAUUUGUAUGCACGCGGCAUGUCUUGCGUAUUGUUUGCGAGUAACAAAUUCGAAGCAACAGCGAGGG